CGUGUACAUCAUUCAAAGAUGGCGGGGGAAAUCGAAGGAAGUGCUCCACAAGCAUCUGUCGAAACCAAAAUAAACCUUGUAAGGUUGAGAGAACGAGUGAGGAGUUACAUUGAUAAGCACCACUAUGAUUCAGCGUUGUUUUGGGCAGAUAAGCUGGUGUCACUAUCUGGAGGUUCCGUGGAAGACGUAUAUUGGUAUGCUCAGACCUUAUACCUCACAGGUCAGUAUCACCGAGCCUCCCAUCUACUGCGGAACAAGAAGUUAGACAAGACACAUCCAUCAUGUAGAUAUCUCGCUGCUAAGUGUCAUUAUGAAUGCCGUGAGUGGCAGGAAGCCCUCAACAUCCUCGACAUGGUGGAUAACACUCACUCACUCAACACAGCGCCACCUAGGUUCAACCUCACAGAUGCGGAGACAAGCCUUCUUAUCAAAGAUUCUGAGAACUCAGUGAACCUACUGCGAGGUAAAAUCUACGAAGCAAUGGAUAACCGACAACAGGCAGCAGUGUGCUUCCAGGAGGCACUGAAGCAGGAUGUCUACUGCUAUGAAGCAUUCGACCUCCUUGUCAACCAUCACAUGCUGACGGCAGAGGAAGAGAGAAGCCUACUGGAUUGUCUCCCCUUCCAAUCCCAGUGUCCUGAGGAAGAGGUGGAGUUGGUCAAGUUUCUUUACGAAAACAAACUGAAGAAGUACAACAAGCCCGGGGAUAUUAACCUACCUUCCUCUCUCGCAUGUCUCAAUGACAACCUUGACAUGGUCGUCAACCUGUCCGAGCGCCACUACUACAACUGUGAUUUCAGAGAAUGUUUCUCAAUAACUUCAGUAGUUUUGUGUAAAGACCCCUACAACAGCAAAUGUCUCCCCCUACAUAUAGCCGUGUUGGUGGAACUGAAAAAAGCCAAUGCAUUGUUUUAUAUAGCACAUAAACUAGUGGAAUUCUAUCCGACAAAGCCAGUUGCCUGGUUCGCUGUAGGCUGCUACUACCUGCUUAUAGGUAAAAGUGAGCCUGCCAGACGAUAUCUCAGUAAAGCUACAACACUAGAUCGAGCGUAUGGACCUGCCUGGCUGGCGUUCGGACAUUCUUUUGCAGCAGACAACGAACAUGAUCAAGCCAUGGCAGCCUACUUCACAGCCUCCCAGAUCAUGAAGGGGUGCCACCUGCCUGUGUUGUAUAUUGGCCUGGAGUACGGCCUCACCAACAACUCCAAGCUGGCCGAGAAGUUCUUCAGCCAGGCUCUCAGUAUCGCCCCCGAGGAUCCGUUUGUCCUCCAUGAGAUGGGCGUCAUAGCCUACCAGAACAACGAUCUGGUGGAGGCGGAGCAGUACUUCAUGGAGGCGCUGAAGAAAGUGCAGGCUAUCAGCAAACAGACCAUGGCGGAGAAGUGGGAGCCGCUCCUCAACAACCUCGGCCAUGUCUGCCGCAAGAGGAAGAAGUAUGAGGACGCCCUAGAGUACCACAAGCAGGCGGAGAUGAUCUGUCCGCAGAACCCCUCAACGUACUCCGCCAUCGGCUACGUGUACUCCCUCAUGGGAGACAACAUGAAGGCUGUCGACUACUUCCACCGCGCCCUCGGGAUCCGCAGAGACGACGCCUUCUCCACCACCAUGCUGGGUCAUGUGAUCGAGGCCCUGAUGAUGGAUAUGUCACCAUGUGAAGGUGGUGAAGAAGAGGUGCCAAAGUUCGACAACCCCAAAUUCAAAUUGGUGGCAACACCCAUAGCAAUGUCUGUGGCUGAGGACACGUCGCCAACUGCCACACCCCCUAACGACAGUCUAGCCGACACCAGCUUAGCAAUAGAUGAGGUGGAGAUGGAUGCUAGUGACUGACGGGUGACUUCAUCACCAAGUCAGUGCAAGACUAGCAGCAUCCUGGCAACGCCAGCUUGUUGUUAUCAGGAUUAUGAACUUGUGUGAAGUGUGGUAAGCGACUGAGAUUUCUAUUGUGAUGCCGACAGUCUUCCUUUGUGAGGGAGAACUUUUAACACAGAUGGACAUUGUCUGUGAACUCAGGUUGGCUUCCAAGUUUCCAGACUACGCAAACCUUGUUGUGUUGUCAAGUUGACAAACUGACGGACGUCUAAACUUCAAGGACGUGGGACAAGAAUGGAGCUUGCAUCGGAUGACGGGAGCGAGGUGUUUCUAGAUUACAGACAGAAACUUGGACAUAGAAAGAACCUGAUGUAACUUUAGAAGUUUACAUGUGAGAGUUAAUGUACAAGAUGACCCACCACAAAUGUUAUUGGUUUUUGCGACACAAGUGCUUGUCCUUUUUUCGACUCUUUUCUAGGAAAUCAUGAUUUCACACAAACGCUAGAAUCUGAUUAUGAAGUAUCUGUCAAUUUUAUCAUGACUUUCAGGGCGGUGGGGAAGCCUAGUGGUUAAAGCGUUCACUCGGGUUCAAUUCCCGACAUGGGUACAAUGUGUGAAGCCCAUUUCUGGUGUUAUUGAUAUUGCUGGAAUAUUGGUAAAAGCGGCCUAAAACCAUUCUCACUUUCAUCUGCAGCCAAUGUGUUCAGUUUUAUAUUUAAUAUUUAUGAGAUAUAUAUGUUAUCUGAAAUAGACGUCAUGUCUUCACAAACUUAAUGUAAUUUAGUCUGUAUUCCUUGCCACAAAAAAGAGCGAUUAUUAAUUAAAGAAGAUUGUAUAUACUUAAUAAGGCGUGCUAAUACUUAAUAACAUGAAAAACAAGUCAUUCUGGCAAUAAGGAAUAUUACCGGUACUGUUAGAACAAAUUUUGUCAAAACAGUUUAAAAUGCACUGUAACUGCCUGCAGAUUCUUACAUGGAUUGUUACGUGGAUCAAAACUAACGUUUAUCACUAGCAAAAUGGAUAUUUCUAGAAAAGCGUACUAUGAAACUUUUGUCAGUACUGGAAGCAAUGUUCCAUUUCACCUGGAAGGCUUGUUUUUAUUUCAUAUUAGCUCACAGCAAUCUUCGAUAAUUGAUCAUUGCAAUAUUUCGUGACUAUUGCAAGUGGAAGGGACAACCGCUGUAACUCCUCAACUGGUCCAUGUUUGUCAUCUUGGUGGGAGGGCAUCAAGUUCUGGGCAUUCGAUUCGUGGGACUGAACAUAAUGGUGAAGUCUGUAUUUUGUUGGAGGUAUGGCACCUCAUGAUUCCUCAUCUUGUACAUACAUGAAUAAAUGUCUAAUCAGUGAA